AUGGGGGCUCAUGGCGCAUUUCUGCUCAAUUCGAAUGAGAUGGACGUCAAGAUCAAGAACGAAGGCAGCCACGGAUCCCUGGAGUACAAUGUUCUCGGCGGCAUCCUGGACCUAUACUUCUUUGCCGGACCGACACCAGUGGACGUGGCUCGGAAAUAUGCACUAGUAGCCGGACUGCCUGUCGAGUUUCCGCACUGGAGCUUUGGGCUGCAUCAAUGCCGCUUUGGCUACAAAGAUAUCGAAGAAGUGAGGCAAGUCGUUGCCAACUACAUCGACUAUAUGGACGGUCGCUUGGUUUUCACGACCUAUCCAGCCGCGUAUCCAAAGGCAGAGGUCCAGAAAUUGGUCGAAGAUCUGCACUCGAAGAACCAACAACUAGUCAUGAUGGUCGACCCCGCAAUUGGCACCAGUGCCGGAGUUUCUGGCGCAUACGAGCGAGGGUCGAUCGGAGAUGCCUGGCUCAAAGGACCAGAUGGGCAGUCUCACAUCAGAAUCGUCUGGCCAGGCACCGUCGUCUUUCCAGACUGGCUCCAUCCAAACGCGCAACCGUUUUGGACGGACGAGUUCAAGCGCCUCUUCAACCCAAAUGAUGGGAUCGACAUAGAUGCGGCAUGGAUUGGUAUGAACGAACCUGCUUCGUUCUGUUAUCACCCAUGCACCGUAACGCCGAAUACGGUGGACGUCAAUCAACUUAUCCUCACCCUGGGAGAUGCUCCACCGUUGGGGGAUGAAGAACCAGACUACGAGGGAAUCAACCUCCAGCAUCCACCUUAUGCAAUCAAAAACGACAUGCCGAGACUCAGUGACCGUACGGCACCAGUUGAUGCCGUGCACCACAACGGUCUACAGGAAUAUGAUACUCUCGGUAUGAGCACUAUCUCAGAGGUCAUCAUCGCGCGGGAGGAAGACAUGGAGGUUAUCCGCGAAGAAGUUGAGGCAGAGCUCGCUGGUAAACCGCUCGAAGCCGUCCAGGAUGCCAUCGUCAGCCACAAAGAGGUCCUCGAGGUUGGGCGACGCAAGGCACAACUGAUGCGUGAACUCAUCGAAAUUGUUGUUCUAACAAUAUAA